AAUUUAAACGUUUGGCUGGGUGUGCUGGUUAAUCUUUUCAGAAAGCCACAUUUAGAAAAUGAUUGCAAGAACGUAAACACAGUUUUAGUUGUUCAGAAAGUUACGUGUUUGAUUAUCAACUAACUUAUGCAGCCCAUGCCGCCAGAAGUAAAGGUGCAGUAGAUAUCUAAAGCUAGUUAUUGGUGUAACAAUAGGAUAACGUUUACAGUAGUGACGUGCUAACUUCUUCGUAGCUAGCGAGUUAAUCCAGCAUUUGCUGCCAUCUAUGUCAAAGCGAAAACGUUUAAAGUAAUUAUUUUUCAUUCCAAUGAAAUCACGCCUUAUUGACAGUACUGAUAACGUAUUCAGAAAGGAUUUUAGUAGAGAACAAUUUGGUUGUCUUGGUCAACACUGCUUUGCAAUGGAGAAGGCUAGGUGCGGACGAUGCGCAGACAUCACUAAGUACUUAAGUCAUGAGCCAGUCAGUAAGAAGAGCGUCCUUUCUGAGCAUGUGGCAGAUAAAGAGAAACCUAAGAUUUCACCGUGGCACAUUAGGGGGACUUGUGAUGAGGUGCCCGAUCGCUCACUGUCAAGGCCAGCCAUUAGGCUGCACAGACUAAAGCGCAACACACACCGCAAAACAUCAACAUGCCUUAUCGAGGACCCUUUGAAAGACGUAGUGGUUUCAGAGUUGUGUGGCUCCAGCGCUGGAAAGCUGGAAUAUGAAUUGGCACUCAAUGAGUCCAGCUCAACACUUAAAUGCAGCCAGACUGAGAGGCAGAGAGAUGAGUUGUCAUUGCCGGUACAGAAGAGUUUGCUUGACGAAAUCAAAGCGUCCAAUCCACUGUUCCCAGUCAGAAGAGUCUUUGCUAUGUUGCUGAAGAAAUACACAGAUAGUCUACAGGCGUCUAAAACCCCAGAGAAAGACAUCAGUGCUACAUCUCUGCCAAGCCCUGUAAGAGAGAAGAGGAAACAUCCAAUUGAGAUGGGCGACACUUCAACAGAAUGCAAGCGUCAAAGGUGUAACCCGGGGAAAGAGGAGACCUUCUUGACUGGUUAUUGUCCCUCUUUAGUCCAGCAAGUCAAGGAGUGUCAAAAGUCAGGGGCCCAGCCCAGAAGAAGCAGGCUGAGCCGAACCCACAGACUCAAGCAGCAAAAGGGGCAGGUUGAAUGUCUGAUGCAUCCGGGUCAGACACCUAACACACCAAACCAAGCAGAAUCUCCUCCGGCCUAUCCUGUCCAGACACAGAUAUGCCAUAAAAGAGUUCACUAUCUUGAGGAUGUGCUGUGGACAGAGAAGUACCAACCUCAGCACUCAAGCGAGAUAGUUGACAACUCGUCCUCUGUAAAGAAGCUACACAGUUGGUUAAAAAAAUGGAAACUGAGGGCUGACUCUGAAGAGAGGAGAAAAGAACAAGAAAGGAAAUCAGCGGAAAACACUAACAGCAAUGACACUUGGGACUGUGGCGACUUCCAGGGAGAGACCGGCGUGGCUGAGGAGGGGGAUCUGUGUAACACCAUGCUGAUCACAGGACCUCCAGGGGUGGGCAAGACUGCCUCAGUAUACGCCUGUUCCCAGGAGCUGGGCUUUCAGGUGUUUGAAGUGAACGCUUCCUCCCAGCGCAGUGGUCACCAUGUCUUGACUCAACUGAGAGAGGCCACCCAAUCUCACCUGGUGGAAACGCAGGAGAGCAGCACUCUCAGACCAUCUUACCUCAGUAGCUGCAACAACACCAGCUCGACAAAAUCUUACCCAGCAACUAGUAAGCAAAUCCCACUUGUGAAGACCAAACUACAGACCUCAUUAAAGGUUACAGUAAGUAGAGGAGUUCCCACUGCAGCGUGUGCAACCUAUGUCGGGCUCUCUUUAGGUAAAGUGCCCUUUCCCAAAAAGGUUGUAUCGUCUUCUGCAAAGGGAGCGCCUCCUCGUACUUCCCGCCACAAAAGAGGCGGCGGCAGUGAGGCUUGCGUCACGCUGUCUAGUUUCUUCAAGAUGAAGAGUAAACCGGAGAUCAUGAAUUUAGACGGGCCUUCAUUGACGACGAAACAUGAGCAGCAAACAAACAGUGUUAGAUCUAUCAAGACAGGGACUAUGAAGGAGGUUCAGUUCAGUGAACUGUCACCAGACAAUAAAGGCCCACCAACUUGUAAAACGACUAAAAGGACUGCAACAUCACUUAUUCUCUUUGAGGAGGUUGAUGUCAUAUUCAACGACGACGCCGGAUUUCUCACAGCAAUCCAGACCUUCAUGAAGACCACCAAGAGACCUGUGAUACUGACCACGAGUGAUCCCUACUUCAAGCUUGACGGCGACUUCGAAACGGCGCUUUUCAAAACACCUUCAGUGCUGAACGUCUGCAGUUACCUGCAACUGCUGUGCCUGGCUGAGAACGUCAAAGCUGGUCCAGAGAGCGUGACCUCUCUGAUAAACCUGAACAAGGCGGACAUCCGACGGAGUGUGUUGCAGCUACAGCUCUGGGCCUGCAGUGGAGGAGGCCCGGCGUCUGCGAUGAGCUGCACCCAAAGCAUGCUGGGUUUGAACACUGGAACCAUUCAGGACCUGCAGACCACUCCAUGCCACCCCUGGGCAGAACCAGACAUUCUCAAUCUGAUGGAGACCCUGACUGAGAGCUGGAGGACAGGCGUAGCUCUCCUGCACUCAAACCUGGAGCUUCUCCUUCGCCUCCCAGCCAGCACCAAAGCACAGCCGGCCCUCAGCCCCCAGGGAGUGCCUCACCCUAGGCCCCAGGAUGAAACACCACCACCUGACAUCAACCCUCCCAUCCCACUGAUCCAGGAUCAGACCGGCUCAGUUAAGGUGUCUUCUGGCUCCAGGCUGAGGAGGAGAAACCGGGUGCAAAGCUCCGAUUCCAGGUCAUUCAAAACACUGAAUAUUAAUGAUGACCAACAUACCGCUGAGAAGGCAGUGGAUAAAUUGACGUCUCACCGCUUAGAAGCCAUAGCUGAUUUCAUGGACCUCAUGUCCUUCACCGAUGCCUCUCUAUCAGCGCCUAAGGCUGGCCCAUGCAGGCCAGAGGAGCUGGUCUGGACCGGGGCCGAGGUAAUGGAUGGAUUACAGGAUGAGAUGAGGGAGGAGGAUGGCAGCACGUGGGGCUGGGAGAGGACUCUGGAGAUCCAGGCUGCUGUGGAGGUCCUGGGCUUCCAGAGGUGCCUGGCUGGGGUUUGGAAUGGGUUGACUCGUACCCAGGGGCUGAGAGGGGAGAAGCAGGAUAGCACAGUGGAGAAACCCACGCUCCCGGUUGCCCCUCACAGACAGGGCUUCAGUACCUGUGAGACUACUCCCUGUGAACCUGGUGUGGUCCAAAGGAGACAUGACCUCAUCAGGACCAUUCUCUCAAGCCAAGCCCUCUGCACCCUGGGAAACAAGCAGGCUGCCGUUGUGGACUACUUGCCGGUCCUUCGCGCCAUCUGCCAAUCUGAGAGGGCCCGGGAGCAGAGCCCACGUAACGGCAGGUUUCUGCAUUACCUCAGGAGUAUUCACUUCAGCCUCCCUAAGGCUAGCUUGCGGCUCCUUGCUGAGGACUUCCCGUGACAUUUGAUUGUAGUUACAAUGCAUGUGAAGAAGAUAAAUGCUACAGGCUCAAUCUGAGAUUGACACCGGUCAGAUCCAAUCAGAUUUCUACAAGUGCAUUAGUCCAGCGGAGAAGAACCAAAUAAACCUAGGAUUGUGCAUUUGAUAGGGUUAUCAAACUUGGUACGGAGAUUGUGCAUUUUACAGUAGGAUUAUCAAACUUUAUAAUUACUGGACACUUAAAGAUUGGAGGCAUUCUCUGACGUAGUCAGUCAACCAAACUGUCAUAAUAGAAGAAAAUCUGGUUUUGGGAGGGUAAGCUAUCAAAUACAGUUGCAUUGUGUUCAAGUGGCAGCUUGGCUUCCAGUGAUCUCAAUCCAAGUAGAACACUGGAAAGUGCAUCUAUGCCGGCAAGUUGCAAUUCUGGUAUAGAGUUUCUAGUUGACAGGAACCAGAACUGCAUCAAAUGUGCUUAAGAAGACAUAUCUCCACAUCAAAGGUCUCGAGUCCACUGGGAGUUUAUGCGAUGAAGCAGGGCCUUAAUUUUGAACUGAAUAUCAAGAAAUGAGUGAGAAACCUGCAUAAAUGUAGAAAUGACUUGGUAAGGGUACCCCAAAAAUGUAAACCCACAGAUCAGACUUAUACUCAUUAUAAAAUACAGGAAGAUCUUAAUGGGGUCAUUUUGACGAGUCCAGCUACAUUAAAAUGUUUUUAACUUUUGAUAAAGCUACUAAAUAUUUACAAACAGCUAGUUUCUAAUUUAGCCCAAAACCCCCUCUUGCAUCUCUUUCCAAGAGGGCUUUCAACCAGCUCCAUAUUGGACAUGACUUAUGGCUAGAUUUCCAAAGAUAUUUAAUGGUUACAUGUAGCCCAAUUAUGGAUUCAAAUGUUUUAGGGGUUUUGGGAAGUAUGCCAUAUGUGUCAUUCGGUGUGACAUGUAUUCUACCCAAAUGACUGAUCCUUAAAUAUAUCUUUAUUUUACAUUACAAUACUUAGAAUCAUGCAUUUGAUCAUUUAAGGAAUGUACUGGACAUGACAAUAAGCCUUCCAUUACUUAUUAUGCAAGCCAUAUUUGCAAGUUAUUAGAAUCAUGCUGAAUAUGAACCCUUCAAUCAAGGGGUUCAGGCAGCAUUUUGGACAUCAGUACUUUUUCAGAUAUUCCCUAGCUCUGUGUGAAAUUUUGUGGCUUUAUCACAAAUUCCCCUGAAUUGUUAACACAGAACUAUGGUCAAAAUAACUUAAAAAUGGUUGUCAAUUUCUAUCAUCUGUGGGGUUUAUUUAGAGGGUAGAUAUUGGUAUUGCUUUUGAGUCUAUUUAGCUAAUUAUGUUCUUAGAGGAAAGCCAAAUGGCAGUAAUUAAAUAAAAAUAAAAAAACCUGUUGAGUGACAGGCUUCUCAGACUCCCUCCAAUCUUAAAUGUCUUAGGAUUUUCAAAGUUGGUACACUGUCAUGAAAUGCACACUUAUUUGACAUGUCCACUGGACUUCAUAGAGCACAGAGCUUUGCUUACUCCUGGGGUUGUAUAUACCUGUGUUGUACAUUCAUUCAUGCUUGUGAAGUUUGAUCAUUUCUACUGUAUGCAAAUGAAUAAAAUCUAACUUAGAUUUUUAUGCUUUGUCAAAUAAAAACA